AUGAAGUGUAAUGCAUGCUGGAGGGAGCUAGAAGGACAAGCUAUUUCUACCACAUGUGGCCAUCUCUUGUGCCACGAAGAUGCCAGUAAGAUCCUAAGCAACGAUGCAUCUUGCCCUAUUUGUGAUCAAGUACUUUCCAAAAGUCUAAUGAAACCUGUGGAUAUCAACCCAAAUGAAGAAUGGGUAAAUAUGGCUAUGGCUGGCAUAUCUCCACAAAUAUUAAUGAAGAGUGCAUAUAAAAGUGUCAUGUUCUAUAUUGGACAAAAGGAACUAGAAAUGCAAUUCAAAAUGAACAGGAUAGUAGCUCAGUGCAAACAAAAAUGCGAAACAAUGCAAGAAAAGUUCACAGAAAAAAUGGAACAGUUGCACACUGCAUAUCAGAAAAUGGGCAAAAGGUGUCAAAUGAUGGAACAAGAAAUUCAAAACUUAUCCAAAGAUAAACAAGAACUCCAAGAAAAAUUUUCUGAGAAAUCCAGGCAAAAACGAAAACUGGAUGAGAUGUAUGACCAAUUGAGAAGUGAGUAUGAGUCGGUCAAACGGUCAGCCAUUCAACCUGCAAACAACUUCUUCUCAAGGGCUGCUGGUGAUUCUGAUCUGUUUUCCAGUCCUGCUAACAUGAUGGAUAACAGAGAUCCCAUGAGGAAAGAUUGGUCGGUUUACACCCCUGACACUCCAGGACCUCGGGAAGAUAUAUGGCCAGGAACCACAAGACAAAACAGUUCUAACUCUGGUGGGCCCUUCGACAUCUCUAAUAGCCCACCUGUAAAACAUUCUGUAAAUCCAGUUGAAAACAGAAGAAGUAUUGGUCGCCAGAUGUUUGGCGGUGGUGGUGGUGGUGGCGGCGGUGGUGGUGGUGGUGGAGCAGGAAAUCCUUCGAUGACGUUGAGAAAUUUGAUAUUGUCACCAAUGAAAAGGCCUCAACUUUCUCGUACCCGACCUCAGUUGUUCACGUUGUAGAUAACACUUAAAGAGAGAAGAUCAAGAUUAUAUGAAAUAGGGUAUAAAAUAAGUCUACUACUUCUGGACUACUCUUUUUCUAUAAAUCUACUGUAAGUCAUCUUUUUGAAUAUUCAGACUUAUUUUUACUUGGUGAAAAGUCCACUUAAACGUAUGUUGACUUGUUACUCCUUUCGAUACUAGAAUAUGAUGCAAAAUUAGGUAGCUACUAUGAAAAUGGGAUUGUUUCUACUGUUAUUAGAAAGAAGGUUGAAACUGCUAUCAACUGCCUUAUAACUGCCAUUUUGAAUUUUUGAUGAGACUGCAUGUGUAAGUACACACGAUAUCCA